AUGGCCAGUGUGAGGUCCUCUUACUUUGACCGGGACGAUGUUGCCCUGCGUCACUUUGAUGAGUUCUUCAAGGAGCAGUCCCAUGAGGAACGGGAACACGCUGAGAAACGGAUGGAAUUCCAGAAUAAACGUGGAGGCCGUGUCCUCCUGCAGGAUGUCAAGAAGCCAGAGCAGGAUGAGUGGGGCAAUGGUCUGGGGGCAAUGCAGAGAGCUCUGCAGAUGGAGAAGGAUGUGAACCAGAGUCUGCUGGAUCUGCACAAACUCUCCUCUGGCCAUACUGACCCUCAUCUAUGUGACUUCCUGGAGAGGGAAUACUUGGAUGAGCAAGUGAAGAUGAUAGUUAUAGCAAGGCCUCCUGUUUUUAUACUCCAUUCCCUGUGUGAUACUUGCCAACAGUCCAUCUGCCUUGCCUAUUACUUGGAUACAGCCUAUAAUCAGUCUGUACUGUCUACCUGGGUGGCCAUGUGA